AUGGCCGUCUUUUCCUCCUUUCUUGCGCCCUUCCAUCUCUUCGCGUACUCUACGCUUCUCGGCACUCAGCUCUACCAAACCUUCGUCAUGGUCAAGAUCGCGCAUCGAGCUCUUCCUCGUGAUGCUUUCACAACCCUGCAGAAGCGUGUGUUUCCGGCCUACUUCCGCAGUCAGUCGCUUUUGUUAGCGUUGGUAGCGGUCACGCUUCCGCCUCACGGGCCGAUGUCCUUGGCAAGAGAGAAGGCAGAUUGGAUCUCGUUCCUCGUCGCCGGCGUUACGGCUGCUUUGAACUUGGUGGUGUUUGGGCCGAGGACGAGCAGGAUCAUGAUGGUGAGGAAGUACCAAGAAAAGAUUGAUGCCCAGACUCCCGUCGAUGGAUUCGUCGGCGACGAGAUGAAGAAGCUGAACCGGGCCUUCUCGUGGAACCAUGCGAUGUGCAUGCAUUUGAAUCUCAUUACUAUUGGCGCGACGCUGUGGUAUGGGUGGACGCUGGCUUCGAGACUGAGGUUCGAUGCUGAGUAG